UUUGACGACGCUGGUGACGGACUCACGCUCGAUGUCAGCAACGCCCGCGGCUUUAAAUGCUCCUCGUGCGGGCGCAGCUCCUCCUCUGCGCGCCCACGGAAUUUGGAGCAGAGCAGACCUCAUUCUCCUCAUCAUCACCAUCCUCCUACCCAUAUUCUUCCUCUAUUAAUUUCUUUUUUUUUUUUUAACUCUCCCUCUUUCUUGCUCCGUCUCUUUGGAUAUCUACCUGGAACGUCUCACUUGGGGGAGGGUUGCAAGUCCCAGGUGGAAGCCGCAAGCUGGUGAGUGACAUGGCCGGUCGGAGAGACUGAGAAGCUCCAGCGGACUUCCAUUGCGCGCACAAGCCGACGAGGAGCCGUUGGGUGCGGGACCCGCGAGAUGGAUGAACCCCCUUGUAGAUGUUUACUGGGCGCUCCGAUGAAGAUUGACGCGACGGGAGGGUUCUAGCCAGAAAAGGAGAGCGUUUUUGCAGAGGAAAUAAUGCACAGAGCGUGGAUCCUCCUCGUUCUCAUAGAAGAGGGCCUCGCUCUGGCACAGAGAACUAAAGACUCCCUGAGCGACAAUGGCGUCCAGAGCCCGAACCAGAAUGAUUGCGGCACGUGGGUACGCAACAUCAACGGCGGCGUGUUUACGUCGCCAAAGUACCCUGACACGUACCCGCCUAACAAGGAGUGUGUCUACAUCCUGGAAGCACUACCCAGGCAGAGGAUCCAGUUGACGUUUGACAAGAACUACUACAUCGAGCCGUCCUUCGAGUGCCGCUUCGACCACAUCGAGAUCCGCGAUGGGCCCUUCGGCUUCUCGCCUCUUAUCGACCGGGUGUGCGGAGGGAAGAACCCGGGACUGCUCACCUCUACCGGGCGCUUCAUGUGGAUCAAGUUCACCAGCGACGAAGAACUGGAGGGUCUCGGAUUCCGUAUCAAGUACACGUUUGUUGCAGACCCUGACUUCCAUCUGCAUGUGGGGGGACUGUUAAACCCAAUCCCGGACUGUCAGUUUGAGCUCAGCGGCUUCGACGGGAUCAUUCGCUCCAGUCAGGUGGACGAAACCAAACGGGUCAAGCCGGGAGAUGCCCUGGACUGCAUCUGGACCAUCAGGGCCCCCCCUCAGUCCAAGAUCUACCUACGCUUCAUGGAGUACCAGAUGGAGCACUCCAACGAGUGCAAGAAGAACUUUGUGGCCAUCUACGACGGCAGCAGCGCCAUCGAGAACCUGAAGGCCAAGUUCUGCAGCACGGUGGCCAACGAUGUCAUGCUGGAGAACGGCGUGGGCGUGGUGCGCAUGUGGGCCGACGAGAAGAGCCGACUCAGCCGCUUCCGCCUGCUCUUCACCUCCUUUGUAGACCCCCCUUGUUCGGCCAACACCUUCUUCUGUCACAGCAACAUGUGCAUCAACAACUCACUGGUGUGCAAUGGUGUCCAGAAUUGUGUCUACCCGUGGGAUGAAAAUCACUGCAAAGAGAAGAGAUCCGGGGGUCUCUUUCACCAGAUCACCAAGACCCACGGCACAGUUAUUGGUGUCUCAUCCGGGAUCGUUCUUGUUCUUCUUAUCAUUUCUAUUCUGGUCCAAAUGAAGCAACCACGGAAAAAGGUGGUCGCCCGCCGGCCAGGUGUCUUCAACAAAGCGGGUCUCCAGGAGGUCUUCGACCCACCUCACUAUGAGCUCUUCUCUCUGCGUGACAAGGAGAUGUCGUCCGACCUGGCCGACUUGUCAGAGGAGCUGGACAGUUUCCAGAAGAUGCGGCGCUCGUCCACCAUGUCACGCUGCGUACACGAGCACCACUGCGGCUCGCAGGGCUCUGUUGGGACGGGCGGCGGCAGCAUGAAGCACAGCCGCACCACGCUGAGCUCCAUGGAGCUAUCCUACCACAACGACUUCUCCAAACCACCACCCAUGAAGACCUUCAACUCCACCGGCACCUAUAAGAAGAGCUGCUACGGCUACAAGCAGCACGGGCAGAGUCACGACUGUGACCAGCAGGUGAUCGAGGACCGCGUCACGGAGGAGAUACCCUGCGAGAUCUACAACCGAGGUGGCGGAGCUACAGGUGGCCUCGGCGGGGCAGUGGGCAUCACGGGGGGAGUGGCCAUGGCUGGAGGUAUGGGGAUGGCGGGCGGCGUGGCCAUGGCCGGGCCCAGUGGCAUCGCCGGUGGCAUUGGCGGUGGGAUGGGAGGAGCCUGCGGCACACUCACCAUCCGUGGCACCAGCAGCCGGAACAGCACCUCAGUGGUGGACCCACAACAGCGCUCCAUGUCCAUGGACUUCUAGGAGGAGAAUCUUACCUUGCGAGGUUGGAAAAAUGGGAUGAAGGAACCAGAACAGAACCUCUGUGGUCCACUACCAACAUCAAUCCAUGUCCAUGGAAUUCUUGAGGAACAAUGUGUGGUUGAAAUAAAAAAGGGAAUCAAGAAAGCAGAACAGAACAUCAGUGGCCACCUACCAACAGCGCUCCAUCUCCAUGAACUUAUCGAAGGGGAAUUUUCUCACCCUUGGAUGGCAAAACCUGUUCCAUUGAACCAGAACAACCAAGAUGGUCCGAAUCCAGACAUGCAUGCUUGGUCCAUGCAAUCAGCUCGACAGAAGAACCCAAUGAGAGAUUUUCUGAACUUGUUACAACCAUUCACCUGGCCAUGCAUAGGUAUAACAGAUAUACAUGUAUAUUUAAUAUAGUGACUUCAAAUAAUUUAUUUGAUUUAUUUUUUAUUAUUAUUAUUUUGGUGCGUGUUCCUUAUCUGUCACAACUAGGAUUUAUUGACCUUGUAACAUGGAGGGAAUUGAUGGGAUCCCCAAAGCUCUCAACGGAUCGGUCUUUUGGUUAUAUCCAAGUAGAUUAGUCCAAAGUUCACCUUGUCUGCUCACAAUCACCUGAUCUGUUUCUCCCCUCGCCGAGUUGGGUUGCAUUACGACAAACCCCUGUGACGCAAGACUCAUCACGGUCACAGGAACGCUAAAAGAAAGUAGUUUAAGGUACUGCUGGACAAUCGAACGCACCAGCACAUUGCCAAAUGCACUUUAAGCAAAGACUUGACCAAUAAGUCAGCAGUCACCAUUGCUGACUCUUGUCAUCUGUAUCAUCAUUAUAAUAUUAAGGGUCUCUAAACCUGACUGGUUCACAACCAGAACCUUCUGGAGUUUCUUCCAAACUGUUCAGUAUUUGGGGAGGUCUCGUUCAACGCCACUAUUAUUAUGCUUCGGGUCAUUUAGUUUACAAUUGGACCGUGCCAGAGUUUUUUUGGAAGAGUUCCGUUUGUUCUAGGUUGGGCCCACACCUGAUUUCCAUUCGUGUGUUCACACAUCACAGAACAAAUCACAUUAAUCUGGAACACCAACCAGAGUUCGAAUAAAAGGGACCAAAUUGUGUUUGUGUGUGUGUUAGUGUGGUUAGUUGUGGUGUGUAUUUUUUUUUUUCGGUUGAGGGGGUCACCCAAAUUCAGAAACUGGAUUUCACUGAGUUCAUUUGGAAGCUUUCAGUUUUGAGGGUCUCAGACCAGUUCCGGACUGACCAAACUAACAUGACAGAGGUUCAAAAGUGAAAUACUAUGUGAAAGCACCCCUAAAUGAGGUUAAAUAUUUGCAUUAGUAACUGACUCAAUGAACUGCAGCUAGGUUAUAAUGGACCAACCAUAGGCAAAACAUAAAAUGGACCAAAGUGUGAAAGGACCUUUCAAAGUCGUAGUAUGUUUGGUUUGGUCUGAACUGGAGUUCCGGAUUUGAUCAAAUGAACCGCACAGAGUGUAAACCCAAAUUAUAGCCUACGGUCUUAACUGGAGUAGAAUUAGCAGUGUUUCGUGCUGGUUUGGAAGCGCCCUUAAGAAGUUUUGGCUGUGAUGUGACUCACCAGCGCCGUCUAACGGAAACGCUCGGUAUUACAAGACAUGUCCGAAUAUCCUUUUGUAUCUUUAGCAGUGCUGUGUGGCUGACUCACUGAAUCCACUUGUGAUGGAGUUUGACAUGCUUUGUUGAAAUGGCAGCCCUGCUUACCUCACACAUCCACACGCAGACAUAACGCCUAGCGCUCCGCCACGGAAAGAGCACACCAAGAGACUCUUAUUUUGGUAAGAGGAAAGUGUUUUUAUUUUUGAAUCCCCCCUUGAGAAAUGUACAAGCACAACGUCCCCUCAAGAAAUGAUUGACUUAAUCACAAUGUAUGAUUUCAUUCUAUUGGAUUGGAAGAGAACCUGCGGACCAGCCUGUGGGAGCUUCAUUGUACAGUGCUAUAAAAGUGUCAAAUAAAUGCCUCACCCCUAAUA